UAAAGUGCUCAGCAUCUGACUGUCAAGCUGCCGUGCGUUGCUGGGUGAUCCCGUCAGUGACACGCGGGUUAUAAAUACAGCCCGCAAGCCCCGCCUACCGCCAGUUUUGUUUUUUUGGCUGGAGUUAAAUCGGUUCCAGUCUCCUGAUUCAUCGAGUGAAUGAAGAAAUCCCUCCCACAACCAGGAUGUUGUUCUUGGCCAUGACAGGCCAAACUGGUGCCCGACGAGUUGUGACUGCGGCCCGAGGGAGAUUUACGAAGGAUGGCAGGUGCCUGUUUACAUGUUGGCCAGAACUUGUUUACAGGAAUAGUAACCAGUACUCGUCCAACCAUCACAGAUGUUUAAAUACCACAGUUGCUCACUGGAACGCUUCAUCAUCACCAACAGCCAAUCAGAAAACCCCGUCCUACAGUUAUAUCGUUGUUGGGGCAGGGUCAGCGGGCUGCGUCCUCGCCAACCGUCUCAGUGAGGACGCCCAUGAGUCCGUGCUGCAGCUGGAGGCUGGGCCUAAGGACAUGCUGCUUGGCAUCAAAAGACUCUCAUGGAAGAUCCACAUGCCAGCUGCACUGACCUACAACCUCUGCGAUGACAAGUAUAACUGGUACUACCACACUGAACAUCAGGCUAACAUGGACAACCGGGUGUUGUACUGGCCGAGGGGCCGCGUCUGGGGCGGGUCCUCUUCACUUAACGCCAUGGUGUACAUCCGCGGACACGCUGAAGACUACAACCGCUGGCAGAGGGAGGGGGCCGAGGGCUGGGACUACGAACACUGUCUGCCUUACUUUAGGAAAGCUCAGUGUCAUGAGCUGGGAGAAAACAGGUACCGGGGAGGCAGUGGACCUCUUCACGUGUCAAGAGGGAAGACCGACCACCCCCUGCAUAAAGCCUUUAUUGAGGCGGGGCAGCAGGCAGGAUACCCCUUCACUGACGACUUGAACGGAGAGCAACAGGAGGGCCUGGGCUGGAUGGACAUGACCGUUCAUAAAGGAAAGAGAUGGAGCACAGCCAGCGCCUACCUGAGGCCCGCCCUGGGUCGGCCCAACCUGACGACAGAGGUUUGCUGCCUGACCACCAAGAUCCUGUUUGAUGGCAACCGAGCCGUUGGCGUGGAGUACACACAGGAUGGACAAAAGAAAAGGGCAUAUGCAGAAAAAGAGGUGAUAUUAAGUGGAGGAGCCAUCAACUCCCCUCAGCUACUCAUGCUGUCUGGGGUGGGGAAUGCUGAUGACCUGAAACACCACGGCAUCCCUGUGGUCCAGCACUUGCCAGGCGUUGGCAGUAACCUGCAGGAUCAUUUGGAGCUGUACGUCCAGCAGCAGUGCACUCAGCCCAUCUCCCUCUACAAGGCACAGAAACCUUUCCACAUGGUCAAGAUAGGCCUGGAGUGGCUCACCAUGUUCACUGGUUAUGGAGCAACAGCCCACUUGGAGAGGGGGUUCAUCCGCAGCGGUCCAAAAGUCACACACCCAGACAUCCAGUUUCACUUCCUGCCAUCGCAGGUCAUCGACCACGGGCGAGUUGCCUCCAAGAUCGAGGCAUAUCAGGUUCAUGUGGGAAUGAUGAGGAGCACCAGUAUCGGCUGGAUGAAGCUGAAGAGCGCCAACCCUUUGGAUCACCCCAUUCUCCAGCCAAACUAUCUCUCCACCGACAUUGAUGUGUUGGAGUUCAGGCAGUGUGUCAAGCUCUCCAGAGAGAUUUUUGCCCAGAAGGCCUUCGAAUCAUUCCGCGGUCCCGAAGUCCAGCCUGGUCCCGAGGUCCAAUCCGACUCCGAAAUUGACGCUUUUGUGCGGCGCACUGACAGCGCCUACCACCCGUCCUGCACCUGUAAGAUGGGCUCGCCCUCCGACCCCAUGGCCGUGGUCGACUCCAACACGCGCAUCAUGGGGGCUAGAGACUUGCGCGUGAUCGAUGCCUCCAUCAUGCCCAGCAUCGACGGCAACCUGAACGCUCCGACCAUCAUGUUGGCGGAGAAGGCUGCUGACAUCAUCAGAGGUCGUCCUCCUCUCGCGGACCCCGGGGUUCCUGUUGUACCGACCACCGACACUCGACACACAAAGAUGAACAGAGUGAAGGGUAACAGCAAGAUACACAAUCAGGUGACACAGCAGUAAACAGCUUGUUUGUCAGGAUCAUCGGCCUUGUAGAUGAAUAAUGGGAGUGUGUUGCACCUGAUGUGCACACACAAGGUCAGUUUGAUGUGUAGUCACAGGUGAACAAUAUUAUGAGGGCUGAUCUAUGCUAUCUUAAUUCAAAGCCAUAAGGGUGUAAAACAAAUGGUCAAUGUUAGCAGUUUACAUAGUUCAUGUUCUUACUUUUAAAAUGACAUAUGUAUUUAAUUACAUUUGAGCUAACAUGAAUCACAGUUUUCCCUCAUGUUUAUAAGGUCAGCGGCGUGCUGGCACUUCAUGGUUGAAACAAAUAGUUGCUGGGAAAGAUGCCUGGCAAUACCUUGUUAACACUGUAUCAACUUUGAAUUGGUUUCGGUAUGUGAGAAGUUCACAUAUCUUAUGCUUACACAACCACCCAUGGUAUUAUAAGCUUAAUAAUAACCUAACCCUCCAUAUCAUAAAACACUUCAAUCAUCACACUCUAUUUUCCUGGUAUGACCCUGGGGCUAGGUUUCAUGUUAAUACCAACGUGACAUUAAACAUUUCACAACAGUAGGGCUUAGCCUGUAAAAAGACAAGUGUUGACAACAAAGUUCUUCUUUUCGUCAGCCUCGGAGAUUAUAUCUUUUUGGCCACAUCAAGAGUGUCGUAUGAGUCAUGAUUACUCUUGUCUGGCUGUUAAUCAGCAGACUGUCAGCCCAGCACGUUUUCUGUUUAAUCUAUUCUGUGAGUUCAGCCGUCACCAUGGUAACAUCCCUCUUCCUUCCUGGAAGCUAGCUGAUUCAACAGUUCUACGAAAUGCUGUUUUUGUUGCACCUGUUUUAAUUCAGCGAAGGGAUCAUAGAACAUAAUAGGUUUGAUUUAAAACUGUUAAUAAAGCUGAAAACUAGGGCAUCUACAUCCAGGAUUUAUUUAAGUGAUUAGCCAAUGUUAAGGUUUUUUAACUAUAUUUUGAUGCCAGUGCUUUUACUUAAGUAAGAUUUUUAAAUGCAGGGCUUUUACUUGUAACAGGGUAACAGAGUAUUUUUACAAUUUUGUAUUGCUACCUUUACUUUAUAAAAAGACAGUAUAAAAGACAAAUAGAGUACUUUUUCUACCCCUGUCCCAGAGUUGCUGGCACAGCAGCGACCCACUUGAAUAUGAAGUCUUACAGCAAACAGCUUUGUGCUGCCUUCCGUUCAGCGCAGUCUGUUUAAUUUGAAUAACCUCCAAAUGAUAGCUUAGCAUAUGUUGCUAAUGAUUGUGUCUUAAAAUUGCUUUUUAUGGCAACUAUACACUAAAAACUUGUUGAAACUGUAAAAAAGCGUAUCCAAUAAUCUUUAUACAUUUUAUCUCAAUGUAGCGUGUUUACAAAGAAGCUUUUGAAGAUCAAUAAGUAUUAUUAAUAAUACUAUAUGUGCCUGUUUGUUGAAUUACUUUUGAUGUAUAGUGUGUUACUGAUAUACAUUUUAGAAUCGGCUUUACUGAAAAUCGUCCUUAAAUUCAUGCAUGAAGUACUGAUUUUAAUUAAAUAUGCGUUUUUUAGUUUUUAGCUGUGAUGGAAACAGCCGGGUGCUACAAUGAAUUACAAUGUGUCUUAUUGAGCUUUGCACUAUGCUCUAUACUAUGAAGUAACAUUACACUGAGUGUUUACACUAUGAGCUGUGUUUACUAAAUGUUGGAAUCAUGUGCGUCAUAAUGAAGGAUUUUUAAGGGAACAUUAUUGUGAACGUUCUUAUAUUUGUAUUCUUCUUAUAAUGAUUGUAAACAAACACAAGAGCCACCCUAACUUUAUCCUCUUGACUUUAUUCAGUGAAAAAUCUCAGCAGGUUCAUCGUCAAGAAUUAAAAUGUACAAAACAGGGUGUUUGAUUUUCAUUGGUACAAAAUCUAUAAGGUACUAGAACUUAUGCUACAAGUAGAUAGAGCUAUAUUGUUUAAUUUCCAUACAACAAAUGGGUAGAAAGCAGAAUCUGUAAUCACUUUGUUUUUUUACACACACUGUACAGAUUGUAUACAUGUUGUGAUUCCAUGGACAUUUGUAUGGCAGUGGAACAGUAGAAAAUAAUAAAGCCUUCAGUUGG